CUUGGACUCAUGAAGACCAACAUCUCGAAACAUAAGAGGAUUGAAACCGUGCAGCAACAGGUCUGUCAAUGACGAGCCUUUUGCGAUAUGGUUCGAAUCGUAGUCACUCAUUUAUAACUUUAUUUCAACGAUUCUUAAGUUAGAUGUGCGUCUGCUCUCAAAAUGGCAGCCUUCGAUAUACUCCUAUCAUUGACAAUACCGACACUGAUUCUAACACAUCUCUUGGUGGCGCCUUAUACUAAGGUCGAAGAGUCUUUCAAUAUCCAAGCAACUCAUGACAUCCUCGUGUAUGGGACACCCACUACAAACAUAUAUGAGCGACUCUCAUCUCGAUAUGACCACUUUGAUUUCCCUGGCGCUGUCCCUCGGACCUUCAUUGGCCCAGUCAUUUUAGCAGGAAUCGGCCAGCCUAUCAUCGCGCUGGUAGGAUUUCAGUAUGCGCAACUUGUCGUGAGAGGUCUUCUAGGCCUUUUCAAUGCUGGCGCAUUAUUAGUGUUUAAAGCGAACGUGGAACGGGCCUUGGGCAGACCAACUGCAAGGUGGUAUGCAUUGCUGCAAAUGAGUCAGUUUCAUAUUAUGUUUUACGCUUCUAGAACAUUACCUAAUAUGUUUGCUUUCGGCUUAACAACGUUGGCAUUCUCACAACUAGUGGGAGUAUCCGAUGAGAAGACGCGGGUUUGGCGCUACAGGAUGGCCAUUGGGAGCCUCACAAUGGCUACCGCCGUGUUUCGAUCGGAGUUAGCUAUCCUCCUCGUAACGACUACGCUUUACGGGUUACUCCGUUCUCAUAUAUCCUUGAGAGGAAUCAUCCCCCCCUUCAUCGUCUUCUUCCUCAUGUCUUUGCUUUUGUCAGUACCUGUUGAUUCUUACUUCUGGCAGAAGCCGUUGUGGCCGGAACUAUGGGGAUUUUAUUAUAAUGCUGUUCUGGGCUCUUCAUCCGAAUGGGGAGUUUCCCCUUGGCACUACUACUUCACAUCCGCUCUACCUAAGAUCCUCACAAAUCCAUUGAGCACGGUUGCUCUCAUCCCCUUUGCGCUCUGGAACGACGGAACAAGGAAUAAGGCCCUGCCGUUGUUAAUUCCUAGCCUUCUUUUUGUAGCGAUAUACUCCUUGCAGCCGCAUAAGGAAGCCCGAUUCAUCUUCUACGUUUCUCCACCUUUGACGGCAACGGCGGCCCUAGCAGCGAACUACAUCUUUGCAAGGCGUGGCAAAUCCGUCACUUUCUUAAUUGCUUCCGUUGCAAUCGUCGGUUCGGUAUUUGUUUCGUUUGGCAUCAGUACUGCCAUGCUCAUUAUAUCCUCUCUCAAUUACCCGGGGGGCGAGGCGCUUUCGGAACUCCGGAAGCUCGUUACUUCAUCCUCUUCCGAUCUUCAAACGGUCACGAUUCAUACAGAUGUAUUAUCGUGUAUGACGGGAGUGACAUUAUUCGGACAGCAUCCUUAUUAUCCCAAUGAUCCACGUCCCGCUAAUGAGAUAACAUUCAAUUACGAUAAGACUGAAGACGAGGAUACGUUACGGAACCCGUCAUUCUGGGAGAAGUUUGAUUACGUACUCGCUGAAAAUCCAAGCAAAGUUAUCGGUCCAUGGGAGACAGUCGGGGUGGUGGAAGGGUUCACCGGUGUCGAGCUAGUAAGGCCAAAUAAGCCGCUAGGAAGCGAUGUUGAAAGUGGCCAAGACAGAGUAUUCGGCAGAGGUGCCUUGGUAAGGAGGGUGAAGGACACCUUCAGAACGCUGACCGGUGGUUGGUGGGUUGGCCCGAAGAUGGAGCCGAAAAUAUACAUGCUGAGGAAAUUGCGGGAGGGUAAGGCUAGACGAGCUGUAAAGGAAUGAUGACUUUCUUAUAGACUGCCUAGCAAAUUGAAAGACUUUAUCGAUUGCCGACGAUGGCAAUUCGAAUUCCGAUAUGGCUUCACGGCCCGCGCACCUUGCCGGAUGCGCGAAUAGGUGUGAAAUGACACCGGUGAGACCGAGAACCGCACCGCUGGUGUGAUAAUAGACGGGGCUUACGGAUCGCUACCAUAAUAUGUAGGCUAUCUGAAUCGGACUACCUAGAUUGGUC